AUGUGCUACUAUGGAGGUUGCUAUGGGGGCCUGGGCUAUGGCUAUGGCUCUGGUUAUGGCUGUGGAUGUGGCUGCUUCCGUGGCCUAGACUAUGGAGGCUAUGGCUGUGGAGGCUGUGGCUAUGGAGGCCUGGGCUAUGGAGGCUAUGGCUGUGGAGGUUGUGGCUAUGGAGGCCUGGGCUAUGGAGGCUAUGGCUAUGGCUGCUGCCGUCCAUCUUGCUGUGGAAGGUAUUCUUCUUAUGGCUUCUACUGA